UUAAAAAAAAGUAGGAAAAGUCUUUAUUACGUUUUACAGGAGGCAAUAUACAUUGUACAAGAGGAACUUUUUAGUGAAACACCUUCCAAAAUAAUCCUAUUGACCAUCUUGAAAAUAGAGAACAGUUACACAGUAAGAAAACAAUUACUUGUAAAAUAAGAUCAUUCUAUUCUCUAUCAGUUUUCAGGAUUGAAUUCUAACAGUAGUCACUUACUUUUUUAAUCUCUUUAUGUAAUCACAUGAAGAAGAUCCCAUACCCUAAUUUAACACUUGUGAAUUUCAAAGAAGAAUGUUGGAAUCUCACACGGUUUAGAAAUAGGAAAAAGUCUAUUCAAGCCUUGGCCUAAAAAGAAGCAUUUGCAGGAACUCCAAGAAGUUACCGGUUUUCCAUUCAGAAUAUUUCUACUGUAAGGAGAUCUUGUACAUAAGGACAAAAAGAGCAGUCACACUUAAUGAAGUGUUACUCUUCAAUCAUGUCAACUUGAAUCCUGGCUUUUACCUUUAAUCAUGUCUCCUCAGUCUUAUUCAAAACUACUUAUUAUUCCAUACAUAAAUACCAGGAACAAAGUGAACUUUUAAGACCCCUUACCUCCAUUUCAGAACUUUUACCACAGGAAAACUCUGAUACCAAAAACAGAUUUCUAGUAAAAAGAUCCAUAGUGGAAUGGAUCUGUAGCAAAAUUCCAAGUACUAUAUAAAUAUUAAAUGCAUUUUAUGAUAAUGUCAACCUUAACAGUUAUAUGCCAUGAAACACAGGGUUCUGAGAGAGCCAUUUGAAGAAGAGGCGUGGGGGAAAAACAUUGUCUUAGCUACAAAGGCUAACUAACUAAAAGGGGUCUAAUACAAGAUGAGACUGAAGAGACACCACUUAACAGUCGGAAGGCCUAAAGGGAGAGGGGAAAUAAUGAUGGCGUGUAGACAGAGAGGAGUUAAGGGAGAGCAAGCUUGCAUGUGUAUUAUGUCUACAAGAAGUGCAUUAUGGGAAUCCAGGGACAAGGAUAUGCUAAUACAAAGUAAUGAGGGUGUUUUCCACCCAAAGGUAAUCAGGUAAGAGAACCCUGGUGCAGGAGGAGGGAAAGUACCUCAAUUAAAGGGUCCUUGAAACCCUGACUUUUGAAUAGCAAACCAGACAUCCUUGAAGGAUAGGAUAAAGAUAUCAAGCCUAGCUCUGUUUUACACACAUUCUCCAAGGUUAUGCCACAUCAAUCACAAUAGCUACAUUCUUAAGAUGACUACAUCAUUUCCAAGAUUUGGUUGUCAGGGGUUUCUUGGGGUCUCUACUAUUAUUGUGGUUUCCAGACUACAUCAUUUCCAAGGAGAAGAAACCUUUCCAAAGUUAUUUCCAAGGGUUAUACCACAUCAUUAUUAUUCCUAUUUAAUAGUUGAGUAAACUGAGGCAAUCAGUUAAGUAACUUGACAAAGGUAAGCAAGGAUCUGAGGUUGUUUUUGAAUUUAGUACUUCUAGUUGUAGGCUCAAGGCACUCUAGUGUUUGAUAACUCUAAAGCCCUGCUGAAAAUGCAAGCUUGACUUUAAAGACUUUAAAAAAUCUAAGAAGGACCUCUUCUGACAUGCACAUCUCUGUUCAAAUCUGUUUCUGCAAAGUGCUGUUGAAAUAAUAGCUUUGUAGAAAAUGGAUUUGCAUGUCUCUUGAUUUAUGUUUUAUGAUCUGAGUCUGCUGAGUUAGAAGUUUGAUUUAUCAAAGAGAUUCUUUGAUUGCUUCAGUCUCUUAAAUUGUCAGCCAGAGUAGCUUUCAUGAUUGAGUUACUUUAAUUACAUUAUAUAUGUUGGGCAAGAAGUAUAUGUUGGGGGUGGGGAUUGGGGAUAGUAGUGGUAUCUAUGGAGACUGGUUUUAACUUUGCUUAUGCUUUCAUUAAGUGAGUUUGUGGAAAAGAUCCUUACUUUUCCUCUCUGACAUGUUUCAGUUUCUUUAUUCAUUAAAAGAGAAUGUUUGAUCUUCUGAAAUUCCAUCUCUGUAAUUCUGUUAGCUAACCUUGUCCCCUCCAGCGGAAUACAAGGCUUUAAAUUUGUGUGUUGUGUGGUGGUAAUGAUAUUUAUUGCAACUCAGAGAUUCUUAUAAUUUCAAAGAUUUAAAUUAUCUAAUUUCAGUUUAGCUAAAUAAAAUAAUGUAGCCUGCUAUAGGUGACUUCCAUUUAUAGGUGAACCUCUAUCAUUGAAUCUUAAUAGCUGCUUUUUGUCUACUUCCUAUUCUUCUCUUUAAUACUUGAUCUCCAGCUCUGGAUACACAAGUAAGAAUCUAUGUGACAUUAGUUUUCUAUGUCCCAUUUUGAGUUGUGACAAUCAUAAUUUUGUAUUACCCUUGUAGUGUAUUCUUAAACCUGUCCUCUUAAUACAUAUUCUUGUGGGUCUUGUGUUUAUGUCAUGAACCAUUCCUGAUUAAAAAGAUUAGAGCUUAGUAAAAAAAAAAAUUGUAAAGUAAAAAAAAAAAAAAGUAACUUUAAAGUAAAAAAAAAAAAAAUUGAAACCCAAGAGCAGAGAAAGCAAUGAAAGUUAAGGAUAACCUUUGGAAGGAAGGGGGAGCAAAGCUAGUAUGGAGUGAACAAAUGAAAGAAUCCCAACAUUUAAUUUUGAAAAAAACUCAAAAAAGUUUUUUAAAGUAUGGCAUGUAAGAAAAAGAUUAUUCUGAUUUUGGUGGAGGAAAAUGUGGGUGUAACGAAUAAUCUCAUUAUCUCACUGGUACUUCAACUGAUUAAAAUCAACCUCCUCCCAUGUGCGUGUGCUGUUUCUCCCCCCCCCCCCCCCCCCCCAUGCCUCUAUGAUAAAGAAGAGUACAAAAGGCAAGAAAUAGAAUGUAUGGAAUUGAAGAGGGCAGAAAACCAGGAACAGAUAAAUCACUUAUUGGCAGAUUUUUAGUGCUGAACAGAUCUCCAUAUCUUUUGUAAAGAAAGUGGGGAAUAGAGUAAAAAGUUACCAGUUUAUAAACACAGGAAAUGUUAAAUGAAAAAACAAAGAUUAUGAACAAAGGAUGUCUGUAAUUAAACUACAACGGCAAAUCUGCAUAGGAACAUCGUAGAAUCCAGCACCAUGUUGUUGACACACUAGGCAUGAAUGUUAAAGGCAAAUUUUGCAAAGUAGAUGUAGAGUUAUAAUCACAGACAAAAACAAUAUGUACACAUAGUAUAAACGUAACAGGAAACCAAAGACAAUACAGAUAAUGAAUACCAAAUAUGUGUGUACAUGCAUGAACACGCAUGUAGUAAUAACAUUUUUUGGUUGUUUUUAUUUUUUUUUUUUUUAUUAUAGCUUGGGUAAUUUUUCAACAUUGACCUUUGCAAAAACUCCUGUUCCAACUUUUCCUCUCCUUCCCUCCACCCUCUCCUCUAGAUGGCAGGUAGUCCAAUACAUGUUAAAUAUGUAUAUGUUAAAUACAAUAUAUUUAUACAGUUAUCUUGUUGCACAAGAUAAAUUGGAUUUAGAAAGAAGGUAAAAGUAACCUGGGAAGAAAAACAAAAAGCAAGCAAACAAUAAUAGAGUAUAAAUGCUGUGUUGUGGUCCACACUCAAUUCACAGUGUUCUUUCACUGGGUAUAGCUGGUUCUGUUCAUUACUGAUCAAUUGAAACUGAUUUGGAUUCUCUCAUUGAAGAGAGCCACUUCCAUCAGAAUUGAUCCUCAUAUAAUAUUGUUGUUGAAGUAAAUAAUGAUCUCUUGGUCCUGCUCAUUUUACUUGGCAUCAGUUCAUGUAAGUGUCUCCAGGCCUUUCUGAAAUCAUCCUCCUGGUCAUUUCUUACAGAACAAUAAUAUUCUAUAAUAUACCACAAUUCACUCAGCCAUUCUCCAACUGAUGGCUCCGAUAAAGAUUUUUACACACAUAGUCCCUUUCCCUUCUUUAAUCUCUUUGGGAUAUAAGCCCAGCAAUAACACUGCUGGAUCAAAGGGUAUGCACAGUUUGACAACUUUUUGAGUAUAGUUCCAAAUUGUUCUCCAGAAUGGUUGGAUCCAUUCACAACUCCCCACAUCCACAACAAUUUUAUUCACCUUUGUAAGGUGAAAAUACUAUGUCGUGAUCCACAUUCAGUCCUACAGUCCUCUUUCUGAAUGCAGUUGGCUCAUUCCAUCACAAGUCUAUUGGAAUUGGCCUGAAACAUCUUACUUUUUAAAGAACCAUACCUAUAGUCAUAAGCAUUUGUUAGAAAAACUGAUAGAAUUUCAUGAACAGACAACAAAACUGUAAUAUAGUUUGAAACUUUUAAAGACAUUAAAAAAUGUUUUUUGAGUUCCAAACUUUCUUCCUCUUGCCUCUUCUUCUCUAAACAGUUUAGUAUAAGUUAUAUGUGCAAUCGUGUAAAAUAUUUAAUUAAAAGUCUUUAAGGUACAGUUAAACCAGCAAUAUGUUAGUCUUGACAAUAAUUUUAUAAAACUUGGAUAUAUGCUAUAUCUGUGAUAACUGAGAACAGAGGAGUAAAUAUAUGUAAUUCUCAGAUACUAAACAGUUGGCAUUGCUUUUUUGAAACAAGUAAUGAAAUCUCACUGGAUACAAAGAAAAACAAAUAACCAGUAUAUAAAUGAAAAGAAUUUGGCAGCAAAAUACAGGAAAUUUUAUCUACUUAAUAUGGCAGUAAAAAAUUAAAUGAAUAUUUUUGCAAAUAUAAAACAACUGCCUGUUAUCAAAACAAAAUUUAAAUAAAUCUCAGAAAAGAUUUAGAACAACUUAGAACCAGAUGGAUUUGCAAUUAAGUCCGAAUUUAAAAAAAAUAUUUCCUUGAUUUUUCCAAGGAAAGAUAAUAUCCAGAUAAUAUCCUACUAAUCUCCUUUGAGACAGAUAUGGUCCUGAUACUAAGGGAGAGAGAAGUCAAAAGAGCUAUGUAACUGAAUUUUCUAAUGAAUGUUGAUAGAACAUAUUGAAGAAAAUAUUAGCAGCUGCAUUAGCAUAUAAAGAAUGUGAGAUGUGUGUAGUCUUGAUUAUUAGGAAGACUAUACACAUCAUUUAUAACAAUAAAAAUGGUUUUUAGAUUAAUGGAAAAAAGGAAAAGCUUUUGUGAAAAUAGAAAUCAAAGUAACAAAAGGACAAAUCUGGUAAGUAAUAAUAUAGAAACACUGGCAAGCUUUCCAGUAAUAUUGGAUAUAGCAAGCAUGUCCUUUGUUAAUGUGCAAUAAUUAAAAAGAGUUUUAGAACAUAAAUUGUGGUAUAAGCAGAGGCAAUGAGGAAGCAAAAAUUAUCUGCCUUUUCCCCAAUGAUUUGGUUGUUUACAUAAAGAAUGUUAGAAAAGUAACCAAAGAUAGAAAAGGGAAAAAAAAGCCCACAGAACAGAAGCUUUUGUUAUGUUUCUUUAAAAUAGUAGAAAAAUGGGAAAAUAAUUUUAGAGGAAAUAACAGUGUGUUCACUUUAAAGAUGCACGAAUUAUAUAUAUAAUUAGAAAAAACAUUCAGGAAUAGGAAGAUCUGAAUAAUUGGAAUUGAAUAGCUAAUUGUGCUGUGCUGAUAUAAUACUACUAUUGCUACUUGAACUUAUUUUUCAGAUUCAGGUGCCAUGAAAAUAAAACAAGAAAAGAAAUAAUUUUAUGGAAUUAAGAGUUCUACCAAAGUCAUCUAAAGCAACAAGAGACUAACAGGGAUGCCAAAAGAAAAAUAUGAUCCCCCAGAUCCUCGCAGAAUUUAUACCAUCAUGUCAGCAGAGGAGGUAGCCAACGGAAAGAAAUCUCACUGGACAGAAUUAGAAAUCUCUGGUAGAGUGCGGAGCUUAAGUACAUCACUUUGGUCAUUAACACACUUGACAGCUCUGCACCUAAAUGACAAUUAUCUUACUCGCAUUCCACCUGAUAUUGCCAAGCUUCAUAAUCUGGUUUACUUGGAUUUGUCAUCCAAUAAACUCAGAAGUUUACCAGCAGAACUAGGAAACAUGGUGUCUCUCAGGGAAUUGCUUUUAAAUAACAAUCUGUUACGGGUUUUGCCUUAUGAACUUGGUCGGCUCUUCCAGUUACAAACCUUAGGUUUGAAAGGCAAUCCUUUAUCACAGGAUAUUCUCAGCUUAUACCAGGACCCAGAUGGAACCCGAAAGCUACUGAACUACAUGCUUGACAAUCUAGCAGUUCAUCCAGAGCAGCUUCCUCCGAGGCCAUGGAUUACACUAAAAGAAAGAGACCAAAUUCUGCCCUCAGCAUCAUUCACGGUUAUGUGUUAUAAUGUGUUAUGUGAUAAAUACGCCACCCGGCAGCUAUAUGGCUACUGCCCAUCCUGGGCAUUAAACUGGGAGUACAGGAAAAAGGGAAUUAUGGAAGAAAUUGUUAACUGUGAUGCAGAUAUCAUUAGUCUUCAGGAAGUGGAAACAGAGCAAUACUUCACCCUCUUUCUGCCAGCAUUAAAGGAGCGUGGAUAUGAUGGAUUUUUUUCUCCUAAGUCACGUGCCAAAAUCAUGUCUGAGCAGGAGAGAAAACAUGUGGAUGGUUGUGCAAUAUUCUUCAAAACAGAAAAAUUUACUUUGGUGCAGAAGCACACAGUGGAAUUUAACCAGGUGGCCAUGGCAAAUUCCGAUGGAUCAGAAGCCAUGCUGAACAGAGUUAUGACGAAGGAUAAUAUUGGUGUAGCUGUGGUUUUAGAGGUCCACAAAGAAUUGUUUGGAGCAGGUAUGAAGCCUAUUCAUGCUGUAGACAAACAGCUACUUAUUGUGGCAAAUGCCCAUAUGCAUUGGGAUCCAGAAUAUUCUGAUGUGAAACUUAUUCAAACUAUGAUGUUUGUCUCAGAAGUAAAAAACAUCCUGGAGAAAGCCUCUAGUAGGCCUGGUAGCCCAUCAACUGAUCCUAAUUCCAUCCCACUGGUGCUAUGUGCAGAUCUUAACUCAUUGCCGGAUUCAGGUGUUGUGGAAUAUUUGAGCAGUGGGGGAGUGGCUGACAACCAUAAAGAUUUUAAGGAAUUGCGCUAUAAUGAGUGUCUCAUGAACUUCAGCUGCAGUGGGAAAAAUGGUACCUCAGAAGGAAGAAUCACACAUGGCUUCCAGCUCCAGAGCGCCUAUGAAAAUAACUUGAUGCCUUACACAAAUUAUACCUUUGACUUCAAAGGUGUGAUUGACUACAUUUUCUAUUCCAAGACUCAUAUGAACGUGCUUGGUGUCCUGGGGCCUUUAGAUCCUCAGUGGCUGGUUGAGAACAACAUCACUGGGUGUCCACACCCGCACAUCCCUUCAGACCACUUCUCACUGUUAACACAACUUGAACUCCACCCUCCACUCCUGCCUCUUGUCAAUGGUGUUCACUUGCCCAAUCGGAGGUAGUGGAGUCCAGCCCCGCCGAGACGGGGAUUUGUUGCUAUGGACCUGUACAGUUGUAAAUCAAAGUAUGUAGGAGUGAAGUAUGGCCAUCCUUAAGCUGCUUCUUCAGGCUCCUUUCAUUAUGUGUUUGCUAUAAGAUUUUGCACAUUUUGGUGCAUAUUGGUAUCAUUUGGCACUAGGGCUGGAACCAAAGUAUUGCUCCCUUUCUGCGUUUUUAAUUUAGUGUGUUUUAACUAUUGGACCUGUUUCUUAUUCAAAAAGUUAGCUUUCAUAGUAAAGAAAUGAUCAGUUAAAGGUCCAACAAUAUGUAUUUAUUGCUCCAAGACGCAUUUUCUGCCUAAUUAUAUAAAAAUCAGCUAUCCAUCUUUUAAAAUAAAAUGUUUUCUUUUAAUUACAUUAAGAAAAUUUAAAAUAUGAACGGUUUAUCUUGCAAGGAAAUGCUUGUUCUCCUUUACUACAUAACUGGUUUGCCUCUCCAGAUCACUCUGCACAUUAGUAAAUCAUACAUACAAAAAUACAUCGGUGUGUGUGUGUGUGUGUGUGUGUGUGUGUGUGUGUACAUAUCUAUGUAUAUAACUGUAGAUCUAUACACACAAAAACACGCUUUGAAAAUAAAGCGCUUAAUAGUACAGUGUUUUGUUGGGCAAACAUUCUGACAUUUUAUGGGAAGAACAUAAACAAGACCCCCUUACCGAUUAUAUAUUUGUAGGUCUUAAAUUAUUAGUGAGACCUAGAAGAGCUGUCUCCCUAGUUUAUUAUUGGGAAAACAGUGGGAAAUACAUUGCCACAUAGCCACAUAGCUUGAAAACAAAAUUUGAUCUAUUUGAUAAUGGAGUGCAUACUUCCUGUAGAUGGCAAUUUUUGUCAAGUACUAUCCAAUUUUUUUUCCUCCUUGCUUUGCUGAAUAGUAGACCUUGAAUAACAAAAGUGUUGCCAAUAUGACCAUCUCCCUGACACAGCCAGAGACCCCAGGAUCAAGAGGACAAAAAUACAAUGGCAGGAAUGCUAGGCAUGUCCCAGGUGUGUAUAUAAUGAUGGAGCUACCAGGUGACCUCUUGGCUUAAGAUUUGGGGAGAUUUACAACAGGGAGUAGCUCAGUAUCAUUCCUUGAAUUAUUUUUCCUGACCCUAGCUGCCAAAUAGCUAUCAUAUGCUUUUACUCCUUGUUUCUGUUCUCUGUCAGGGUUGAAUUAAGAAGCUGCUGGUUCAUUCCCAACUGUUGAUGCUCUUUAAAUGUGUUAUUUUAUGCCCAGGUGGGGCCAGUGCAAAAAAAAAAAAAUCUGUGCCUCAGGAGGCGGUAAACAUAAUGCAAUUUUCUGGGGGGGGGGAGGGGAGAAAUUAGUUGGCUGCUUGAUGUUAAUUAUGGCACAGUAAUAGGAAAAGGUCGUGUCUGUGUUUUUAAGUUUUUCUUUAUUCUGCUUUUUUGCUGCUAUAAGAGUUUCCUGAAAUUUAUAUUUUAAACUUUUCAUGCACUUUACUGUUUCUAGUCUCAAAAUGUGAUAUUUUUAUUAAACAAAAAAUUUUCCAUUAUGUGAGUGAAACUUUAAAAUAGCCUAUAUUUGUCUCUCCGAAUACAAACACACAGGUCAAAAUUUAAAUUAAUUAGUUUUAAAUAUAUACAAUUUGUUUCUUCCUGAUUCGAUAUCUUAGGCUGUUUUAUUAGUCUUGAAAUGAUGCAUUUCCUUUGUUUUAUAAUAAUUUCAUCCAUAGUAAAUCAAUCAGGCUACAUAAAAUAUUAUUCCCAAGUGGGUUUAUUUUUGUGGGAGGAGGGUUGUUGGGAUUAUGUGAUGUCAUCUGUGGGACUGCAUUGAAUGGUUUUACUGAAGCCUAAAUCCCCCUUUCAAAAGUGCCUAGUGAUAGAGGCGUUGUCUGUCAUCUAUUAAAAUUGGACAUCAUUGUAGUUGAGUGAAGUUUGAUGUAAAUAAAAAUAUUAUUUUAAAAAAAAUGUUAUAGCACCAAAAAAAAAAAUUCCUUAAGAUAACAGAGUUUCCAGGUAUCCCUUCUUAUAUACCUCAAGCAUUCAACAUCCUAGCCAUGCAAGUAAUUUGAAAAUAUCUAAAGUAUAGUACUGGAAAGUAGAAUAGCAUGAAAAACUUAAUUUUGUGGACAUUGCCUUUUUUAAUCAGCUCCGUAUCUUGUACUUUGUUUUGGGUGGCUUUUCUGCUCUGGAGGUAUGCACUAACAAAUCGUUUUCCUCCUUUCAUAUACGCAUGUUAAUUAGCAAUGUGAGCAAUAUUUCCUACCAUACUUCACUCCCAAUAUUUUUGAGAUGUUUGUAUAAAAUGGAAUUUAAUGUUCACCUAUGAUUGUAUAUGAACCACAGAGGAGCCCAUUUAUUAAUAAUAAACUUUUUUAAUAGUUAAAUGUUAUGGGGAAAAUAAUAAAAAAAAAACUGGGAAACAUUGUAAACAGCUUAAGUUUAUUUUGUGUAUGACCGAGGCACUCUGUUGCAGGAAGGUGUGUAAUUGGGUUCUCUCUGCUUCCAAAUGCACUCAUUCAAACCAUUUAUUAUCCUGUGUAAUUUUUAACAUGGUUUGAGUAGGUGUGUAGCAACUCAUGUUGAAAUGGGUAAAAUUGUGUUAUGUUUUUGGUGGCACACAUGCCCUUGGGACAUGAUAUCUCAAGCUUCAUGUGUAUGGUUUCCCUUUAGCCCACUCACUACCCCAGUCCCCCACAAACCCUUUGUCCUAAUAAGUUCCCUUUGUAAAAGGAGUAGUAUCUGUUUUGAGCUACCUGUUCAGGUGAUCAGAAAUGCUGCUGUCCUCAGUGUUGUCUUACUAAAAUAAAAUGUAGGCCCUUUGAAUCUUUUGACAGUACCUAGUUUAAAAGAAGAGAAUGGAAAAAUGUGUAUAUACUCUAGAAGUAAAAUAUACACUCACAUGCUUUCCAGUUUUUCAAUUAAACGAGUUUUAUGCCAUGGAGGUGCAUAUCUUCUGAAGAGAUGAAAAAUUGGGGCAUUUUUAGUUUGUGAUUUAUGCUUUUUUGAGUUGUCAGGUGUGAUUUCAAAGUACAUCUAAAAGAACGCAGUGUUCUUUAAAACUAUUUAAAGCAGUGUUUGGGAGAGGGAAAAUUGUACCAUUUGCCAUCAUUGGUCAUUCAAGAGCAUGUAGCAUCACUUAAUCUCUUGGGCAUCAUUGCCCUUUUCAUAGCUUUACUCAUUGUAAUGGGGAAUAUUGCAGCAUCCUCAGGACUGACAUCUGAAAAAGGCUCAAGUCCUUAUACUGCUCCUUGCUUGUUGACUUUGUUUUUUAAAAAUGUGCCUGGUGUCAACUUUUAAGCAACAGCACUGCCUAAAAGCAAGCAGAGAAAAGAAUCCCAACACCAUUCUAUAUAGGCAACUUUUUAAAAUUCGAUAUAGAAAAUCUGUUAAAGAUUUACAGUGUUUUAUGUAAAAAAAAUAUUUUGUAUGAAGUAGCUAAAUAUUUUCAUUUCAUUACUUUGAUGUAAGGAGGGUGAGCAUUUGAUAUCAUACAUUGAAGUCAGGUAUGGCACAAUGCGUUCUGAGACCAGCUCCUUCACCCCCUCUACCCAAUUUGCCUUGUUAUAAGCUUCUCUUUUUAAAUUAUCCUUUCACAAGCAGAUAUUUAAUUUUAUUAACUUGCAUCCUUUGUAAAUGUUUUAGAAGCCACUGUGUGUUUUAGUUUUCAGAAAUAUAAAGUUCCAGUUCUUGGCCCCAAUUCCUGAAAAUCACAAAGUAAUAAGGAAUGGAAGAUAAUAAAGGCUCAUAUCACUUGGUUCCAUAGUGGGUUUGUUAGAGAAUGUAUCACAUAAAACCAGAAAGCUGGUUUUCCAUUUAAAAAUUAAAUCUAGUAAUUAUGUUACUAGCAAAAUUUGAAGUUAUUUACAAGGUUUCUGAAAUCACCAAUACAUUAUACCAUGAAUAAUCGUAUAGUUAUGAAAGCGGGAAUAGGGUAUAUAGGAAACAAUAGAUGGGAUAGUGUAGAAGUUAAUUAAAUGUGUAGAAAGUAGUGCCUAAUAAAAUCAAGUCUAAUGAAAGGUCAGCUUUUUGUUUUUAGGGUUUUGUUUUUUAAAAACAGUAUAAUUUACUGAUAUAUUUAGGUUUUAUUUUUUGUUUUUUUAUUUUUAACCAAAAGUCUGAACUAUUAUAGCAGUUUUUCAGAGAAGGGGCUAAUGAUUCAGUAGUAUAGUCAUAGAAGUCUGGCAGUUUCCGAUAGUUUAAAUAUAUGAAUAUAAAUGGAGCAAAGAGCUUGCAAAAUUAUGUGGAAAUGACCAUAGUGAAUGUUUACUUUCACAACAGAUACAAAUUCUCAUACAUGCCUCCCUCUUUUUUUUUUUUUUUGUUAAAAACAAUUACCUUUCUCAUAAUUGAAAAUAUGAACUUAUUUUUAUUUAAAAUAUAAAUAGUAAACUCAGAUUGCUGCAUAUUUUUUUUUCAUUUUAUUGGUAUAUUUAUACCAUAUCUGCUGGAUUACUAAUAUAAAGGGGGGAAAAACUUUAUGUAACCACCAAUGUAGAAACUAUAUCAUUAUUUGGUAUUUAGAAAGUUCUGACAGUUUGAUUAUGUUUUGUUUGAAAUUGAUUUUUCUACAAUGCUGAGCAUCCAGUUUUUCAAAUGAAAAAUAAUCAAUUUGCUGUAUCUUUAAAUUGGACCUGUUCAGAAACUUUCUGUUUCAGAGAGGUUGCAUAUUUACUUUUCUUAAAGUUGUCAAAAGAAAACCUUACUGUUCAUGCUAAGGAUUUAAGGAUCCUUGCCCUUCUUAACAAUUGAGUUGAGUUUUUAGAAAUAAAAAUAGAGGGAGAGAAGAGGGCAAAUAGCCUCUUGGCCAGGCAUGGCCACAGUGAAGAGCUAUUCUUAGUCCCUUGUUUAUGUUAAUCUUUCAGGAGAAUAGUAAAAUAUGGGGAUAUUGAAGAGUCAAGCUAAAUAUAAGUGGUGAUUUCUUUACAAUUAAUCAGUAACUAUUGUUGGUCUCAAUACAAGACUUCAAAAUGCAUGACCAUAUAGAACUAAUCCUAUCAGUAGUUGAAAAUUUCUGAGAGCAAAACAAGUUUCUUUUUCAAAUUAAUUACUGAGACCAUUUGUGCCUAGCAUAUAAUAGCAGCAUCCAUGACACAAUACAAAAAGGCACCUUAAGUUAGAGGUGGAUUUUUUCAUGGAAUGAUUUUAAAUUAUGAGGUGGAAAUGGUUAUCAAUAUAUUUUGGGAGUCUUUAGCAGUGGCAAAAUGUGCCAAGUGAUAUGAUUCUUUGGGUUAUAUUGUGUGUAAGCUUACAGAAUUGUUCAGAAGGCAGAAUAGCUCCUGCUUCUAGUAUUUUGUAAUUGGUGUUAAAUAAUUCCCAAGCUUUUAACCAAUAAUCUGCUUUGCAUCUGUUUUCUUUCUAAAGUGUAAGAAUCAUGGUGGCCCUUUCUAAAAGUGACACUUGUUGCUUAUCCUUUAUUGCCUUUAAAGUUUUUUUUUUUAAUUAAUAAUGUGGGGUUUUAUUUCUUCAAGCAAUUAGCGUUGUUUUGUGCCAUGUUUCCUUAAUUUGUGGUUUUCUGAAUUUAUAAGGUUGACAGUGGUGAUUGUUAAUGAGCUUUGGCUUUGCUUAUUACUGGGCAGUCUUGAUAUAUUGUUAUUAGUUUCAGUGUGUGAAACUGUGUCUGGUUUGUAUUCACUGAAAACUAUACUCUCCUUUCUCAGCUUAACUUGCUAAAAAACAAAACAAAACGACAAAAAAAAACAAAACAAAAAAACCACUUCCUACCUGUGCAAUCCCUAAACAGUGCUUUGCUGGCUGGGUGGGGUGGGUGGGGUGGGAUUGUCCUUGUUCAGCCCUUAGCCCUGCAUCUGGACUCCUGUGUUACUGCACACUGGGAUCUGAGAUUGUUCAGUGUUGUGAGUGGCAAAUUCUUUAACACCAGCAGCACCGAAAAGUGCACUAUGGGCAUUCGUACAGUUGUCCAAAUGCAGGCUGUCUUCUUGCAUUCAGGAGAAACUGAAGAUUAGAUUUCUGUAGGAAUUACUGUUAGAUUUUUGAACGCAAUGAAUAUUUUUUUAUUAUUAUUAUUGUUGUUUAUUUUUGCCUUUUUUUUGGCAUGAAUUUUUUUUUUUUCCUUGCUGAAUAAACCAGGCACUGGAAAAACAAAACCAUGGAUAAUUUUUUUCCUCCAUUGUGAUCUUUUUCAACUCUUAUUCAAAAUAUGUGCCAACAUAUUGUCCCCAUGAAGCCAGCUGGCCUCUCCAACUUCUUACCCUUCGGUGUGAGGAGAAAUGGGACCUUUCUUUUUUCAUUGCCUAGCAUUGAAGAAUUCAUGUUGUGCACAAUUGAGUCAUUUUUGUGGAUUGUAAAGUGUUGUGUAACUAUGGGUAGCUAUUGGUUGGAAAGCCAAGCACAGAACUUUAGAACUGAAUAAGGUUUUUCAUUUGUUUUUUUAAAGUUUUCAAAGCACUUGCAGAUUCUACUGACCUAGUACUCCAAAGCCUAAAGGAUUUUAAAAAUUAAUGCUUUGAUUUUUAGGGAAAAGAAAAGAAAUUAAUCUGUUUUUUAAAUUAGCUUUUUUUAAAAAAAAUUUUAAAAAGUGGAAAUAAAGUUGAAUGAAGUGCCAUGUAAAUUGUAGCUUGCUAGUUUUCUCUCAAACAGAAUGGAUCUAUGGGGUUAUCAUUUCAAUACUCAGUGUCAUCUCUGGAGGAACAAUGUUUCUUUUUUGUUGAACACUCAGACUAAAUCACCAGCUGCUUUAUUUUUCUAUUUAUUACAUUUAUCCAGUUUAUGAGGUCUCAAAACUAUUGACCACGCUGCUCAGCCAAGGUAUUUUUCACAGUGGACACUGUACAACAUGUGCGUGCAAGAGGACACAGUCGAGUCUUGGUAUUUUUUAUUAAUGUGAAAAAUGACUAAACAAAGCAGUCCUGCCUUUUCAAAUCUUAUGGCAGCUCAGAAGGGAGGUGCUUAUGAACCUUAACUACUAUGUCAGAUGACAAAAUACUUUUUUUUCCACUUUGGAGAUUGGGUACUGCUCACACAUGAUGUAUAGGGCUAAAUAUCUGCUUGUUUCCUUGCACCUGUGUACUUUUCCUUCUGUCCCUGCCCUCUCCUUACCCUGUAGGCAAUAAAUGGCCAUUUUGCAACUGCA